AAAUUCCUCAUCACACCUCGAUCAACAUACAUGAUAAACUCAAAAAUCAACCCUCCGAAUGAAUAUGCUGCCUACCUGCAUCAGAAACAUGCAUGCAAUCUAAUCACCAAAAAACUAACAACCCUUUCACAUAUCAUAAACAAUACAUGCCAUAAAUAUAAUGUUAAAGCCAAGAUACAAGACAAAGAAGCCAUCCCACCAGACCAACAGAGGCUCAUUUUCGCUGGUAAACAGUUUGAGGAUGGUCUUAGUUUGGCUGACUAUAACAUUCAGAAGGAGUCCACACUCCACUUCGUGUUGAGGCUUCGUGGUAGCAUGCAGAUUUUUGUCAAAACCCUUACUGGAAAGACAAUAACCCUUGAAGGUGAGAGCUCCGACACCAUUGAUAAUGUUAAAGCUAAAAUUCAGGACAAGGACAGAAUCCCACUAGACCAGCAGAGGCUAAUCUUCACUGGCAAACAGUUUGAGGACGGUCAAACAUUGGCAGACUAUAACAUUCGGAAGGAGUCAACUCUGCACUUGGUGAUGAGGUUGAGGGGAGGCAUGCGGAUUUUUGUGAAGACUCUGACUAGAAAAACCAUCACUUUGUCUUGGAAAAUCAUAUGA